UGCCUUUGCCUAUACUUUUUUGAUUCUUGCUUCCGACCUACAGUUUUCAGCUUGUUAGCCCACCAACAUUUCCCUGAUUCAGGAAAAUCCUUGAUGUCUUUGCAAGCUUGUUCUUUUAAGGCAGCUUUUCCAUGAAAUGGAAGCAGCCUAGAUUCUGCGCCCUUAGCGCUGUUGUCCCUGCCCAACUUCUCAAAACCCGAGUAGCUCCACCAAGAAUUGGACGGAGAAAUCAGGCGGAAAUUCGACUAAAAUGGGAAGAGCAACGAGGUGGUUGAAGGGCCUGUUUGGGAUAAAGAUUAAAGAGAAGGAGAGGAGGGAGUAUUCCGGUGACGGGAAAGGAAAGGAGGGUCGCUGGAGCGCUGGGCAUUCGGGGAGGGACGACGCUGUGGGGACGUUGUGCCAUAACCCCACAACCAUACCGCCCAAUAUCACGCCGGCGGAAGCUGCGUGGCUGAGAUCUUUCUACGACGAAUCCGACAAGGAGAGGAACAAGCACGCCAUAGCGGUUGCUGCUGCAACCGCCGGGGCGCAGGCGGCUGUGGCGGUGGUUCGGCUCACCAGUCAGGGACGUGGCACGGCAGUGUUUGGUGGGAGCCGGGAAAAGUGGGCUGCUGUCAAGAUUCAAACGGUGUUUCGUGGAUACCUGGCCCGAAAAGCCCUCCGGGCUUUGAAGGGAUUGGUGAAGAUUCAGGCGCUGGUGAGAGGAUUUUUGGUGCGUAAACAAGCUGCCGCCACGCUUCACAGCAUGCAAGCCCUUAUAAGAGCACAAGCUAGUGUUCGGGCCCAGAAAAUUCGUCGGCUAAUCAACAACGAAGAGGGUUUUCCUCCUCAACUUCAAGCCCGAAUAUCCCCCCUGCAAAAACACGAUGAUGCAAGAAGCGAGCAUCCAACAUCAUUGCACAGCAGAAGGCUUUCGGCGUCAUCUGAGGCUGCCAUGAAUUCAUUUGACGAGAGCCCGAAAAUCGUGGAGGUGGAUACGGGCAGCAGGACCAGAUCAAGAUCCAGGAGGGCCAACUCAUGGAUGCUAGACUCCGGCGAGUACUCAUUUGGAAAGGCAACUUCCUCCCCAUUCCCAUGUCGAAUUCCGGCCCGACUACCAACCCCAGAAAGCCGGAACUUCCCGGAUCAAGAGUGGGGUUUGACCGGCGAAGAAUGCCAUUUCUCGACCGCACAGAGCACUCCAAGAUUUACCACUUCCUGCGGCUGCAACACGCCCCUCACCCCAGCAAAGAGCGUGUGCCCGGAAAGCUACUCCAGAAGCUCCGGCGACCACCCGAAUUACAUGGCCAAGACGCAGUCGUUCAAGGCGAAGCUCAGGUCCCAGAGCGCUCCGAAACAGAGGCCCGAGCCUGGCCCGAGGAGGAGGUUGUCACUCCAUGAAGUGAUGGAGUCGAGGAAUAGCCUUAGCGGGGUGAGAAUGCAGAGGUCAUGCUCACAAGCACAAGAAGCCAUAAAUUUCAAGAACGCCGUGAUGGGGAAGAUUGGUAGGUCUUCUGAUUUUGUUAGAGAAGAUGAAUUCUACCCCAAUUGAGAAACGUUUUGAAGAAAUGUACGUUGUUGUUGUAGUGUAGAUUCUUACGGGCAAGAACAUAUUAGAUUUGCGGAAGCAUUUAUGGUACUCAAGUAGAUUUCAUUAGCAGUAAAGAGCCUACUUUUUUGUAAUAUUACAUGUCAAAUUAAUGCUUCAUUCUUGUGCUGAUAUUAAGAGUUCAGAGCCCACAAAUUCAGACAAUGGA